GCGUGUUCAAGGUGGUUCAGAUAUCAGCGCUCUUCGCGCAACAGGACGCACAAGGAUUAUCCGGAGGAGGAACAUAUCAGACAGACACACUCUCUUCUCUCUUCUCCUGCGGUAUCUGUGUGAUUCAGCACUGUUCAAAGGCACCGUCUCUCUAACCGGGAUAAGCUGGAAAAGAGAUGAAAACGUGGCGAGUCCAGAUUCUGUACUUUCUGGUGUUGAACGCAGCUGUGCAGUAUGUGACGUCCCUGGAAAAUGAGCUGUCCGAUUCUAUUUUUGACGACUUCCUCGAUCCCUUGAAAGACUUGUUUCACCACAAAGAUGACAGCAAUGAAACGGUUGCCAAAUUCUCCUUACGCAAACCUUCUCAUCCCGAUGAUGACCUGUGCUAUAUCAUUCCUGGAAAACCUGAAUCCCUGGCAGCCUGCACCUUCAACAGCACUUCCAAAACCUUCCUAGUAAUCCACGGAUGGACGCUGAGUGGUAUGUUUGAAAGCUGGAUGACAGAGCUGGUGGAAGCGCUGUAUGACCGAGAACAGACGGCUAACGUAAUCGUGGUGGACUGGCUCGCCUCGGCACAGAACCACUAUGUGUUUGCUGCUCAGAAGACCAAAGCCGUGGGGCAGGAGAUCGCUCGCUUCAUCGACUGGCUCGAGGAAACCACCAAUAUGCCUCUCGAGAACAUCCACCUGAUUGGCUACAGCCUGGGCGCUCACGUCGCAGGAUUUGCUGGCAACCAUGCGACCAAUAAAGUGGGAAGAAUAACUGGUCUGGACCCAGCUGGUCCAGACUUUGAGGGGGAGCACGCCCACAAACGCCUCUCCCCAGACGACGCUUACUUUGUGGACGUCCUCCACACUUUCACUCGGGGUUCGCUGGGUCUCAGCAUUGGUAUCCAGCAGCCUGUUGGUCAUGUGGACAUUUACCCCAAUGGAGGCAGCUUUCAGCCAGGCUGCAACCUCAGGGGGGCUCUGGAGAAGAUUGCCAACUUUGGGUUAUUUGCAAUCACUGAUGCGGUCAAGUGCGAACAUGAGCGCUCUGUCCACCUGUUUAUCGACUCUCUGCUGAACAAGGAGGAAGCUGCCAAGGCCUACAGAUGCGGCAGCAACGACAUGUUCAACCGCGGCAUGUGUCUCGGCUGCCGCAAAAGCCGCUGCAACACGGUGGGCUAUGACAUCAGCAAGGUCCGCAAGGCACGCAACGUUCAGAUGUACACCAAAACACGGGCGUCCAUGCCAUUCAGAGUUUACCACUAUCAGCUGAAGAUCCAUUUCUCCAGUAAGGUGACCCGCUCAGAGAUGGAGCCGUCGCUCACGGUGUCGCUGUACGGAACAAAAGCAGAGGCUGAAAACCUGGAGCUCAAACUGAAGGAGAAAAUAUCAACAAACAAGACACAUUCAUUCCUGUUGGUGACAGAGAAGGACAUUGGUGAGCUGUUGAUGUUGAAGUUUAAAUGGGAGGAGACGAACGGCUGGUCGACCUCCAGCAUGUUGAAGAUGGUUUCCUCCUGGUGGUCUGGUGACUCGGACAGCGCCAACAUGGAGGUUCACAAAAUCCGUAUUCGAGCUGGCGAGACCCAGAAAAAGAUGGUGUUCUGUGUAAGAGACCCUGAUGCUCAGAGCUUAACCCAGGAGGUCACAUUUGUGAAAUGUAAAGAUUUAUGGAGGACAAACCAAAAAAGAGUUAUUCUAAAAGACCACUGAUGUGAAAGAAAGAAAAAUCCCCCUGCUUCGUUUCAGCACUUAUUAAAUGAUUUCUACACCUGUAACUUAUAUUAUUUCUCACAUUAUAUAAAGACUGCCUGGCUUUGUACGUACUGUGUAAAAAUAAUUACUGUGUAAUAUGUUCUAGCGUCAUAGUUAUAGUCAUAGUACAUACAAAUGUUGUGUUUGGUUGGAGCUGGAUAUGAUUCAAAAGUUUUCUGUGAGUGUUCAGAGUCUUCCAUAAUAAGAAGACUAUAUACUACUGUACAUAUAUUUACGGUUCAGGAGGUAAAAAUGUCCUAUUGUGUAAAAUACUUCAAGUUAAACAUUUUUUUAUGUAUAACAAACACUGUGAAGAUGCAGCUAAAUACCCCACAGAUUUUUGCCAAAUAAUGUAAAAGUUGUUAUUUCUUAGAGUCUUUUAUGCAAUAGGGUUCAAUGUAUUUACCUUUAUUACUAAGUGAGCAUUCACCACUGCGGCUCCCAGCACUACAUGUGACUGUGGGACCUGUAUCAGUGUGCCUUACUGUAAACAGUCGCUAGAAGUGAGUUAUUUCAAAUUGAAAUUGUCUUAACUUAGUGCUUUGUUGCUGUUUAUAUUUUCAGUUAUUCUACAACUACUUUUUGACUCUGAACCUUAGAAACGUGUUUGCAUUCACAGCACAUUUUGUUUUUAUUGCUGCAUCGCUGCAAGGUGACGUUACUCUGAAGCUGUUACCUGAAAGAAAGUGCCUAAUACCAUGUGUCUAAACUGAGGUGCUCAGUGAGAUGUCGAAGGUAUGGUUUAUCUCAUGCCUCUUUUAAUCCCAGCCUGUUCACUGCACCUUUAUUCCACCCUUAUCUUUGUGUGUAAAAGGUACAAAAUGGGGGCUCUACUUUUAUUUGCUUUAUAUUUCGGUUCUGUGUAAACAAGCGUGUAAAUAAGGUGGAUUAUUGUGGAGUUUUCUUCACUGCAGUCUUGGUAGAAAAGGGGGCUUCUCUAUUGUGACUUUGUUGUGCUGUCUUUGUGUCUUUAUGUCCUGUGUGCUUGAGACGACUCCAGUAUUGGCUCUUAUCCAUUCAAACGUUAAAUGUCCUAUAAGCAAUAUCUAAACCUCAGCUCUUAGAGAUCGGUACUGUAAUCAUUGUGAGCUCAUUUCCACUUGCUUUAAAAAAGAGGAAAUGCUUCAUUAUUGCACUGAAGAGGAGACGACAUUGCUAAACCCAGUUACUUGUACAGUGAAAUGUAUGUAAAUACAAUAAUAAUGACGAUGGUUUGUUUUUUUUAGUACACAACACUGUUAGAUUAAUGUUUUACCUUCAUCAUCUUUAUCUGUAAAAUAUGCAUUUAUAUAAACUUUAGUACAUAUUUGUAAAUAUUGACUGUGCUGUAUAAAGUCUUUAAUAAACCAAAACUGCUCUCUGAA